ACCCGCCCCAGUCCUGUCAUGAGUAGCCAGGGGCUGACCGGGACCUGCUGCACGCGCCGCCCCAAACGGAUCACGCAGCUGACCAACGACACCUCCGGCGCCACACACACACACUCACACACACCACAUGGCCACACACACACCAACACCGCAGGGCUGCAGGAACUCAGCGCAAUACACAUCCAGUGUGCAGACCAGCCACUCAGCACAAGUCGCUCCAGUCUGAACAUGCGUACAGAUGACCGACUCAACUGCCAGGGAGGCCAGAUCACCACGGCGAUCAUCACCAUCCCGACGCCCCCGGCAACCACACCCGACGGUGACGGCCACGCCCCCAGCCCCCCUGUGUCGUCGCCGGGGGUGGUGAAGGUGUCGGCCCUGUGAGGGGUGUGGUCAGGGAGGGAGGGGAGGGGCCAGGACAAGAGACUGGGCGGAGCCUCUCACUUGAUUGACUGAUGAACCGCCUGCCCACUGUUGGCUGAAAUUCAGAACUGUAUUGAAACUAUGGCCAGCAGAGGUACACUCAAAAGUGUGUGACGGUGUGGUUUGGGGAGGGGUGUGUGUGUGUGUGUGUGUGUGUGUGUGAGAAAGAGAGUGACAAAGAGAGACUGAGACAAUGAAGAUAGAGAUAGAUGCACACACACACAC